UGUCUAACGGCAGAGGACAUUUAUAACAUCUAUAGCGAUGGCGUAUCUGGAAUCACAGCCAGAAAUAUACCUCAAGCCGCCUUAGCAUUAAUCUCCAUUACACUGAAUGAUGCCUGUGAAGAUGUUGAAAAGCACCACGAAUUGAAACCGUCAUCGGCACAAGUAUGGGGUUAUGGUAUAGGAUUUGUUACACUGGUGUGUGUAAUCUCCAACGUUGGUGGACUUUUAGCACCGUUCAUGGAAAAAGCUUUCUUCCAAAAGCUUCUAACAUUUUUAGUUGCUAUGGCAGUAGGGACCUUAGCAGCAACUGGUUUACUGGUUCUUUUACCAGAGGCGUUUGAUAUCAUGUCAUGUGAAGAGUUAGCUGAUGAUUAUUUAUGGAAGGCAGCAACUGCUAUGGCAGGAAUUUACAUAUUUUAUAUGUCAGAAAGAAUACUGAAAAUUAUAUUUUAUAAACCAAAGGUAACCAUUGAUUCAUAUUCUUGCUUAAAACUUCCUCUCGCAUCAGAGAAUGAACAUAGUCACAGUCAUCUACCAGCAAAUAUUGAGAGUGAAAUACAGAGUGGAAACAGAUCGGUGUCCACUGUUGCUUGGAUGGUACUCAUCGGUGAUGCUCUACAUAAUUUUGUGGAUGGUUUAUCUAUCGGUGCUGCCUUUACAGAGAAUAUAUUUACUGGUGUUAGUGUCUCUAUUGCUGUUGUUUGUGAGGAAUUGCCACAUGAACUUGGAGAUGUAGCUAUAUUAUUACAUAGUGGACUAUCUAUGAAGAGAGCGUUAUUAUAUAACUUUCUAGCGGCGGUUAUAUGUUAUAUAGGUUUGAUAAUAGGUAUAUUGUUAGGUGAAAAUACAUCUGCUAACAGAUGGAUAUUCGCAAUUGCUGGAGGAUUGUUUCUUUAUGUAUCAUUAGUGGACAUGUUACCAGAACUAAACCACACAGCAGACGAAUUUCAACGUCAGAAUUCGAAUCCAUGGAAAAUCAUGGCGCUACAAAGCUUUGGGUUGAUUGUGGGCUUCGCCAUUAUAUUGAUAGUGGCUUUUUAUGCCGGGCAAAUUGUGAUUGAAUAA